AUGCCGAAUGAUGAGCUCAAAUUUUCAGGACUGAGGUCCAAUCAAGCGUCUCGUGAAAAAUUAUUGGGUCGGUUUACCGAUCAACUUCCAGUUAGCCCUCACUCGAAGAAGAAUGAAGGAUUUAAUGCCAAGCCAGGAAACAGCAUGCGAAUUGAGAAUAAUACGUUGACAAUUGGAGAUUCGCUCAAAAGACUUCAGUCAAAAGAUUCUGGCUUGCGACACAAUCUACGGGCCCAUCAGCCGAGGCAAGAGAAUGAAAAGCCGUCACUUCAGCAACUCCAAACUAGUUUGGCAAGAGGUGUCUGCGUUGCACCAGAAACUUACAAUGAGAGAGACACAGAAUCAGCCAAUGUUGAUCAUUCCUUGAAAAAAUCUGAAAUAACUGAAGCACAGGCGAGGUCUUAUCAGAUGGAACUUGGGUUUCAUGAAGCUCGAUUUUCCGAUGACCCGGUAUUAUUAGACCUUUCGCAACUUCCGCAUUUCAAGCAAGGUGAACUCGCCGAGUUAAAGACGUAUCGAGGUCCACCAGGCUCCAAAUUUAAGAAGAUUUAUUUCGUGGUUAAAAAUUACACAAAAGAUAUGCGCCUCCGAUAUAAAAGCUCCAACGUAUCGGUUCUAAGCGGAUCCUUACAACGGCUAUUAGACGUUUCUGCAAGGACGAAGGUUUGGAUCAAAAUCAAGGACAAGGAGCGGACCCAAGCGGACCUUGUGGAACUUAACUUGAAGGAUAUACUCAUCAAUAGGGGUGACAUGUGGAUGUUUUCUUCUCAACUGCAGGAUACUUGCGUGUACAAAGAGCAAAAAAUCACGUUUCUAAACACAGUACGCACUACUGUGAAAGGCAUUUACCGUAACGGUAGGAAAAUUUUAUCAGGCUAUGUCGGAAAAGAUACUAGAAUAAUUUUCCGAUCAGAAUCUGCGCGAAUGGUUUUUCUGGUUCAAAUUACCGAUGAAAUGUGGCAUUUCGAGGAAAAUGGUGAAAUCAUGUUCCAUAAAGUUGUGAAUUCCCUCUUCCCCAAAAUUUUUAAAAAAUGGAAAACAAUCGGAGCUCAUCAUUCGAUUACGAUUGUCUUUUCGGCAUCAAUUGACCUUUCUGAUUCACCCUUUUUGGAUAUCCCAGAUGGAGAAAGGUCAAAAAAUACUCAAGAUUAUUUUCGCAUUGUGGUUGAUCAGGUUAAUGUGUUCCAUUGGAGCGAAAUCAUGAAAACUCUGAGAAAAGAAUUUAUGAAAAUUGCGAGAGAAUUGAAAAACGUGGAAAAUUUGGAUGGGACAAGCUCAAUUCGAGGUCGCUUCUCUCCUGCAGUUAAAUCCAAUUUUCUCGAAUCCAUUUGUUUUGCAUCAACUUUAAUAACGAAUCCUUUUAGACAACCUGACUUACGGCGCACUACGUCUCAUUUGAUAAUUGUCAGUCCAGGCUCUGGCCUUUAUGAUGUGGAUUUUGACCUUUUGAAAGCUACGAGCAGAAGGUUGCUAUCCAUUGAGCUUUCUAUCGAUAUUAUAUUUCUGACUCGAGCUCCCCUUCAUAUCGUUCCACUAUUCAGAUAUCGUGACUAUGGUGGAGUCCUCCACCAUUGCACGCCCUCUUGGCUAAGCAUAUCAUUUUGGGAUGAGACAUCAGAAUACGCGAAUGAAUGGCAUCCAAGAUGUAAAAUGCAUCAUCUUCAAAUGAUGGGCCUCACAGAAACUGAGAUGAAGGAAGAAGUUGAGAUUGACGUCAUGACGAAGCCUUCCGGCGCAAAGUCUAUCCAAGAUCUAAUGGAAAUCUACGAUAACGAUAUCUUCGCCGGUCAUUCGACCCCACACGCCUUUAUGAGAGGAGGGAACCCCUCUUACAGUGCACCUCGAGAGCCACAUAUGGACUCAGUGAACAUCAGGGAUAGCCACAGUCAGCGGCGUCUACUUGCUUGGAACACUCUCAAGUCAGCUGCCCCCCUCACCGAAGCUUCAAGCCCAUUGCAGGUUCUGGGGGAUGUAUCGUCAGGACCCGUAGCUAAAAAGAAGCAUGCUAAAAGGGAGCGUGAAAGGGCGGGAGAAAGUGAGAAUUCAUUGGGACGUGAUCAUGAACAAAAAUCCCUUGCCUUAGAUUCGUUGAGAAACGCAUCCAGACCUUCGACAGUGGCACAUCGCCUUGUUUCGAGGAUAAUACCUGAAUUUGACUUAAAGAACAAAAGAAGCGUUGGCAAGUUUGCAGUUGAAAAAGAGGACAUUCUUCAUCAAGGCGGUAAUGAAAAUCAAAGUCAGACUAUUCCGACAGGCAAAAGAAACACUCUCUCUCGAGAAACCUCUUCAAUUAAGAGAAUACCUUUCGCAUCAACAACAAGCCGGCUCAAUCUCAGUAGAAAUUCAAAUCAAUCUCAAAGUCCUGCUAAGCACAAGCGGGCUUCAUCUAAUCAAAGACAGUUUCAGAAAGCUGCUGUUGUGGACUCUAUGUUCUAUAAUAGCUGGUUAGAGAUCUCUAACCCCUCGAUUCCUGUGAGUUUCGAAAAAGCAGGACUACUUAUAGAGCCACGCUGGAAAGAUGUAUUUCCGAAGUUUGUCGCUAAGAAGUACACCAAGUGGAGAUCAUUCACUAUGCCAGCAGAGCUUCCGGUAACGGUCAGUUUGUUCCCUGAUAAAAGUGAUUUUGACGCAAACUUUACAUUUUCUACGCAUUCCGUCAUCUCAAAUCAGGAGCACGAGUCCACUAAGGACUCCUCUUUCAAUUUAUUAAGGGACAUGAUUUACGUUCGGUUAUUGGCUGGCUUCCAAAUUUGCACGGGAGAAGGUGUUAGAGAGGUUGAAGCCUCCAAAAGCGAGACGGUAGUUGAACAUAACAUCGCAAAAUAUCUAACGAAGGACAACUUUAUGAGAGCCAAAUUUUAUCUCAUGGCAGAAGAUGAAAUUCACAGACUUAACUGUGAUUUCGAUGGCACUGUUGAAGUUCAAAGACAUAUGCGGAAAUCUCAACAAAGCUCAGAUCACACACUAGCAAGUUAUGCCCCUUUGAUAAAAACUCGAUAUGAAAUCGCUUAUCGAGCAAGUAUGGUAGAUCCUUUGAAAAUGGAUCGCGAACGUUGUAACUGGAACCAACUCGAUCAAGUUGUCGCUGGCUACUCUGAUUCAAUCAGUGAACAAAAUCAGAGAAGCUUCAGAUCAAAAUUUGUUAUACUGCCAGCCUCAAUCCCCCCCAACACGAUAUCAUCAGUGAUUAACGGUAGAAAAGAAACUCUGAGUCCGGAGGAGAUUAGGUUAGAAGGUUUAAGACGCCUUAUCUCUUUCUUCUUCAAAUCGCGUUUAAAGCCUGCAAACGGUGAAAUGAACGAAAUGAAUGAUGAGAGUUUCAUGCCUGAGGUUUUAUUCUACACAGGUUCCCUCUUUUCUUUCGUUGAUGAACAAUUGGAGAGUUUGAAAGCCUUCGGAGCUACGGCUAAAAACUCCAUAUUUAUUAGUGAAAAUGAUAAACUUAACAAAACGAUUGACCUUUCUCAGCUGGCUAGAGAAUUGCAGCUUGGCAAAAGCCCUCUCAAAUUGACCAAUAGAAAAUGGCACUGGAAGCGCCACCGAAACUGUUUCGUUGGACUGGAGUUUAUCACCUGGCUUAUAGACCAUUUCUCGGAUAUCAAAACCCGUGAAGACGCCGUCAUUUACGGGCAGCAAUUGAUGAAUGACGGGUUGUUCGUGCAUGUUGAGAACCGUCAUGGUCUUUUGGAUGGACAUUAUUUCUACCAACUAACUCCCGAAUAUGUGUGUGAAACGGAUGAGAAUGAUGAAUCGCAAAAGAAUUUUCGUGCUGCAAAUGAUGGCAAGCCUAAGGAUCCACAAAUUUCAGUGGAUGCGCCUAAUGGUUUAGAGUCAUCAAUUAAGUUUGGAAGUCAGUCUCAGGGCGGAGAGGGUGAUCGCAGAUCCGACGUUGAAGGCUCAAAAAGCAUUGUCAUGUUGAGCAACGUUUUACCCAUAAAUUUAGACGCUGGCGGGCAAUCUUACAAGCGUGAGGUAUGUCAGGUCCAUUACGACAGGGUCCAUAAUCCAGAUCACUGUUUUCAUGUCAGGCUAGAAUGGCUAACUGCCACUCCGAAGUUGAUUGAUGAUUUAAUUAAUAAUUUAGCUCGUAUGUGUGAGCGUUUUGGGUUGAAGUUGGUCGAGGUGCCAUGGAACGAGCUCUGCAGUAUCCCUCGUAUCAAUCUUUUCCAUUCUUUCGUGGACAUCACCUUGGCAAUAAAUCCCUGGGAGGAUCCUGAGUUUUGCGACAUGUCGUUACCAGCAACUGACCGCUUUUACUUCCAUACGUUUUUGCUCGAAAAGGCCGGAUUUUUGGUCGAUAACCGUGCAUCAAAAUUUUUCAACACGGGCAGCACUGAAUAUGAAAUCACGUAUUCCUGGGGUAAACCAGUAUUCAAAUACGUUCAAUAUGUCCACAAUACGGGCGCGUACAUUGCAGAGAUACGAGAAAAUGGAAAUUUAUUUCUAGCGCCCAACAACGUUUACCUCUCCAGAGUGAACGUGGGUACCAUCACAGGAAAAAACCAUAGCUCUUCGAAGUUUGUCAUUGACUCUCAGAACGUCAUGCUGAGAUUCAAGAAAACUUGCUUAGAUUCCGAAAAAUUGCGGGCAGUUUUUCGUGAAGCAAAGGAGCUUUGGCUGGAACACAUAGGAUCCGAUGAAGUACAUUUUGGCGGGACUUACAGUGAGAGCUCUUUCAUUAAAUAA